UGAUAUGGUGUAAGAGAAAAAAAUGGGAUGAUACUGUGGAUUAUCAUAUGGUUUGGGCGGGUUUAAAAGCUGAAUCCAUUCAAUUCAAUCUGGCAACCCUUUAGGUGUAUUUUACCCACUGUGUGAGGAGUUUAGAUCAGUCCACACAGCACAGCUGCAAGGGCACGUUGACAAGAGACGAGAAAGCAAUUUUAGGAAGCCAAUUUUGUUGUGCUGUUUUGUCAGGGACGGAUCUGGAGACUUUACCAUGCUAGAGCACAUGACUAACAUGUGCAACAGGUUCUCUCUCCUAUAAAUAAUAAAGAAAGUGCAUCUUUUGUUCCUAAUUUUCUGCUGUAAAUUCUAACUCUUCAUCCUCAAACCUCUUGGAGCAUCUGAAUGCUGGAAGACUGACAAUCCCUGGUUACGUUUCUUUACAGUGGUAAGUUUUAAUUGUGAUUUAAAAAAAAAAAAAAAAGAAGAAAAGAUCAUUGGCUACCAUGCUGUAAAAAUCAUUUGUGAUUAUUAAGAAGUUGUGGCCAUAAGUAUAAUCAUACUAACAUAUUCUGAACGUAUUCUUCGACUGCUGCUUUAAUUUGUGUUGCAGGCUUGCUUGCUCAAUCAUGUCUAACAAUUGGACUGCUGAAACAGAAUGCUUGAACUCGAGCACUAGGUCUAAUAGUAGCUGUAAUACAGAAAACAUCUCUGUCACCUCGUCUGUCAUAAGCAUGACAGUAGGGAUCAUCUCCAAUACUAUGGCUCUCUUCAUCCUUCUCAAAUCCUACCAGCGACUCCGUAGUCGGAAGUCCAAAGCUUUUUCUUUCUUGCUUUUUGCAAGUGGACUGGUGGUGACUGACUUCCUGGGUCAUCUUAUAAAUGGCUCUCUGGCUCUUUAUGUGUAUGCCUUGAACAAAGAGUGGGAAAGCUUCGACCCCCAGCAGGUUCUUUGUGGGUUUUUCGGCGUUUGUAUGUCUUUUUUUGGUCUGAGUCCCCUGUUGUUUGGAAGCAUUAUGGCUGUGGAGCGCUGCAUUGGAGUGACUUGUCCACUCUUUCACAACACAAUUUUGACUUCCUAUCACAUAAACCGGCUGUUGCCAUUGACCUGGAUCAUAGCCCUGCUCGUGGCCCUGCUGCCAGUGUUAGUGUGGCGCCCGUACCAGGUACAGGACUCCCGUAGCUGGUGCUUCUAUCGUUUGGUAGGGGUACGCGACUGGCUGGAUAUGCUCCUCCCCAUGAUCUUCUCCGUAUUGGGACUCCUGGCUCUGCUCGUCUCCUUUGUGUGUAACAGUGUGACUGGAUUCACUCUUCUGUGGUCCAGAAUGCAGAAAGACUGCCGCUGCUCUCCGAAAAGUUCUCUCCACUCUGAGAUGAUAUGCCAGCUCCUUGCAAUCAUGACGGUAUCGUGUGUAUGUUGGGGUCCUUUUCUGGUUACAGUCAUUAUCACGAGCUUGCAAGAUAAAGGUGAAAUUGUGUACAGCCACCUGUUGUUGACUUUGCGACUGGCCACAUGGAACCAGAUUCUUGACCCGUGGGUGUACAUACUUCUGCGCAGGGCUGUUCUAAAGCGUCUUUGCCUGCUGGCACAGAGAUUCUACAGUCCAUGCCCAAAACAUAGACCAGAAUUUAGAUGGAGGUUUAGCACUCUGGGGAGUUCUGUGAGGGCGAGCAGCUCUGUAAGCAGCAGACCAGACUCCAUGUGCUUGAAGACACGCUCAUCACAACCAGCAGGAAGUAUGCGUGAGCUGGAGUGGAGGAGAGAAGUUUGCCACAAGUAUAUUCUGGUUAGAGCGAAAGGUCCUGAAUGUUAAAAAAAAAAAAAAAUGUAUUAAUGAAUUACAAUUAUUAAUAACUCAUUAUCAUUAUGAGUAUGAGUGUAUGAAUAUAUUCUUGGCUACAGUUAAAGUCAUAAGUUUACAUAAAGAAUCUGCUAAAUGUUAAUAAGUAAAAAAUAAUAAAUCUGGAUGAUCGGCGUCUGUGUUUAUGUUUUGUGAUAGUCGUUCAUGAGUCCCUUGUCCCUUGUUCAGAUCCGUCUUUUCAGACUGAGGACGACUGAGGGACUCGUACACGACUAUUACAAAAGGGUGCAAAGUUUUUGAACAAGUUUAUUGAUGUAAAUUGUUAUUAUUUUGUUUAAAGAUCUUUUUUUUUUCAUUUAGUACUGCCCUUCAGAAAGCCUGAAUGUUAAUUCUGGUACUCUGCAGAAGAAAAGCUUUGAAAAUCACAGGGGAACUGAUG